CCUGGACAGGGAACAUACGUAAUUUGUCAUUGCAAUUGCAAAUUCCGUGAAAGAAACAAUUAAAAAUAAAGUAAACUAAAAUGUCGCUAAAGUUUAACGAGGCCUUUGCUAAAGUAUUAGAAAAGGUAACAAGCUUAGAUGAUGGGCUUAAGGUGGACGAAGAAAUUUGCGAGAAAAUAUAUCAAGCAUUCCACGAUGUAAACUCCAUAUUCAAGGGGACUCUGUUUGACUUGAACAAAACCAACACUCUCAAGUCUUAUUAUCAGCCAUGGAUUGUGCUGAAAAUGCCAUUCAAGAUUACACCGAAUAAGCUGUGCACAGUUUCAAAGGGCGGCAUUUACCAGCUGAAGGCUGGCAGAAAUGUGCGCCAUCUCGCUGUGCAAAAUGGACUUGUCGAUCCAAAGUUGCUUGCCGCUUUGUUUGACUUUGAUCUGAAACGAGCUGUUGGCCGUAUUGGUCAGGUCAGGUCAGGUCAGAGUGGCCAGGUCUACAAGCUCGACGCAGAAUCGGAAUCAAAUAGUGAAAUAGUUUUAUAUUCAAUUGAUGUCACUUGGUCGCCCAUUGCUGGUGGACCGGAAUUAUUCUACUACUUUGAGCUUGGCUUACAAUUCCUGGAUGAUCCAAACGUUUACAAACCCUUCGGUACAGUGUUCUUGGUGCUAGAGAAGCCAAUAAACAUAAUUGGCAAAGAUGAUAUUGUGGCAUGUGACAAAUUCAUGAAGCAUUUAAAUAUAGAACGCUCCGAAGACACCGACAAUUGUUACUUUCCCGACAAAUUUCGUAAUCGUCCUCUCAGCGAUGGCAUCCUUGAUACUCUCAAGUACGUUGUUUCUGUCUCGAACCCCAACGUCUGUCCACCAUUUACAACAAGUUAAUGCACUUCAAGCAAGAGGACAGUGUGGAGCUUUCCGAACUUAUGGCCUUGCUCGACCUAAAUUGAAUAUCAGGCCUAAGAUAAUAGUUGUUCAAGCUGCAUUAAAUAAAGCUGAGUAACUAACACUGGCUGUUUGCAUUUCUAGACUAAAAGGGCAGACGUUAGCUGGAUGAGCCUGGAUGAGCCAUCGAAACCGGCUGCGACAUACAAAAAUUGUUAAAUGGAACGCGGCAUGGAUUUGUAGAAUGACAUUCUACAAUUUAGAUCAUAAUAAGAACACACAUGUUAGCUCUGGGAGAAGCCCUACGAGUAAGAGAGAGAGGCGGAGGCAUUGUAAAAGUGCCGACAACCGAAACGGGAAAUAUUUCGUCAACGAAAGUUAAUCAUAGAAACGCAUUUGGUAGUGGAUUUUGUGCUGAAGAAGCCCCACUGCAGUGGCAUCCGCAACU